GCUCUCCCUCCCCUCUCGAGCCCUUUGUAGCGCCAUGGUCUCCUCGCGCCUGUCUCUGUCUGCUGCCGCGAUGUGGGUCGCCGGAGCGCUUGCCGCCCCGUCGCUGCACGCACGGCAGAGCAUCACGACCCUCAGCACGAGCCAGAUCGAGGCCUUCAAGCCGUUCACCUUCCUCGCCAGCGCCGGGUACUGCAGCCCCGCGACGACGCUCGCGUGGGACUGCGGGACGAACUGCGAUAACGUUCCCGGGUUCGAGCCCGUCGCGUCCGGCGGGGAUGGCGACUCGGUCCAAUUCUGGUUCGUCGGAUUCUUGCCUGCGUCGAAAACCGUCGUCGUGUCGCACCAGGGCACGGACACGAGCGAGAUCUUGCCGCUGAUUACCGAUGCAGACAUCGCUAAAGGAACGCUGGACUCGACGCUCUUCCCCGGUAUCUCGUCCUCAGUUGAGGUCCACGAAGGAUUCCGGAGCGCACAAGCCAGUGCUGCCACCCAGGUCCUCGCGGCCGUGCAGACUGCUAUGUCCCGGUUCGGCGCGACGUCGGUCACGAUGGUCGGGCACUCGCUCGGCGGCGCCAUCGCGCUCCUCGACGCCGUCUACCUUCCGCUUCAUCUACCGUCCACCACUACGUUCCAGACCGUCGUUUACGGCUUGCCCAGGGUCGGGAACCAGGCGUUCGCGGACUACGUCGACGCGCACGUCACGGCGCUGACGCACAUCAACAAUGAGGAGGAUAUCGUCCCGAUAUUGCCGGGCAUGUUUCUCGGUUUCCACCAUCCCUCGGGCGAGGUGCACAUCCAGGAUUCGGGCGCGUGGGACGCUUGCCCCGGCCAAGAUAACUCGAGCGAUCUAUGUAUUGUUGGGGAUGUGCCGAAUAUCUUUGAGGGAGAUGAAAGCGAUCACGAUGGGCCUUAUGACGGCGUUGAGAUGGGUUGCUGA